AUGUCAACUAUUGGAGUAAAAUAUCAUAAUGAAGACAUACAUAAUAUUAUUCCCAAACCUAUGUCACCUACAAUUAAAUCUCCAAGAUACAAAUCUAAAAAAAGUAAAUUUUUACAAAAUCAAGAAAUAACAAAAUUAAAGUACAACGGCCAUCAAACUUUUGGUUUAGCACGUUACGAAGCCCCGCAAUUUUGGAAUUAUUUAAAAAAAAGGAAGCCUAGGAUUGAAAUGCCAGCAGUCAAAUUUGUGGAACGGCAAAAAUAUAAAUGCGUUGAAAAUUGCAAAAAUGUACCAUUACCAAAAUUCAAUAAAACUAAUAAUUUAGAAAGUACGAAAAAAACACCGAAAAAUUAUGUUAAAGCAAAUAUUGAAAUGAUAACUAAAAUCGAACCUAAAAUACCUAGACCUAGAAUAGUGGAUACUCCUAGAGGAACAGUUAAGGAUUUAGCUCAUUUAAUACAAAUGAUUAAAAUUAGAGAAAGCGAAAAUUACGGUAAAAUACCAAAAUACCUUUGUAAGAGAAGAAAACAAUGGGAAGCUGAGGAAAUGAGAAAAAAAAAAGAAGCAGAUGCUGUUUAUGAAUACAGAAGAAGAAUGGGUAUUAACACAAUGGGAAUGGGUGAAAACGUAUACAUGAUCGCUGAGGAAACAAGGCAAAAACUACUCGAUGGACUAAAAGAAAAUUGGAAUGAGCUUACAAAGCAAUUUUUAAAAUUACCCGUGAUGAGUGACACAUUACCAAAAAUGAGAAGGAAAAUGUGGUUGGAAAAAGAAAUGGAUCAACUUGAAAAAGAUGUGAAAUUUGUCGAAAGUCAUCCUUUUAUUUAUUUAGAAAGACACGAUUUAAGACCGUGUCCGGAAAUAUUAGCGGGAGAAAGAACAAAAAUGAGAAAAAGGAUGAUGUAG